UGAGACGCUCCCCUAGGCUGCUGGACCAGAAUGGAGAAAGAAAAGAGUGGGGAGUAGGGGAAGAAUGGAGAAAGGGAGAAACACUCUGAAAACAAGGGGCAAAGACCUGAACUUAGGGGCUGUAGAUGAGUGGCUUGGAUACUGAGGCUUCAUGGCAUAGAAAUCUAGAGAAAAAGAAUGCUUGUGGGGGAGGGGCAGGAAAGAUCAAAGGCACAUAGAAAUCCACAUAACUUCUAACAUAUACCAACAGGCAUGGAAGGACCCAGAGAAACCACAAAGACACAUGUGUACACCCACCCAUGCACACAUUAUUGACACACCAAGCCAGGCACACUUUUCAGAUACCAGCAGAUGCCCAGACUGGAUACAUGCAGACUCUUAACUGCACUGUUAUAUGGGCACUCAGAAAGGAUUAGAACGCAUACACAUUUAUACACAGAUACCUGGAAACAGGCAAAAACACAGACACGCAGAUCGGAAAAGACUAUAUAUUUAAGUUGGAACACUACCAUGCCCAUCCACUCUCUGAUUAAAUACACAAUGGGUUCCCCAAUUCCCUUUCUUUUUCUUUCCUCCCAUGUUUUAUUAAUUUCUGUACACAUACAUAUGUACAUGCUCACAUAGGUCCUGUGCACAUACAUAAGCCCGCAAGGACAGUUUCUCUACGUGCCUGUCUCCCCUCAUCUCACACUCGGUCCCUUAGCCCCAUCAGCCUCUCAGUCUCCCCUCUUACUCCUUCUCUCCUUCCUUCUCUCUUGGAUGGCAUCCCCUCCCCCUCUCCAGAUGUCUGAGCCAUCUCUCUCUGAUUCAUCCUCCUCAGGAAGGUAACGUGACCCCCUCCCCAUUCCACUGCUCUCAGUAACUAGGCUGGAAAGAUAAAAGGGAGAUGAGAAGAGGAAGGAAGAGGAAGGAAGGGAGCCCACAGGGGCAGGGGGGAGGUCCUAGAUUGUUGUCUGUGGGGUCUGCUCCCCGCCUCCUUCCCUUGGCAUCUCCACAGUCACCUUGGCUGUUUGUAUUUUUUCUCCUUCAGCCUGUUCCUUCUACCUGUUCCAGAUUCUUUCCUUCCUUCCUCCCUCUCCUGUCGCCUUCUCUUCUCUCUUUCCUCUCUCUACUCCUCCCCACCUUUUUCCCCGCAGAGCUGAUGGGCUUUCUUCUGGGAAAGUCGAGCCACUGAUGGAACCGAGAAGCUACUGUUGGCUAUAGAGGGAAAACACAUCCUUUUCGGUGGGAUUCCCAAAACCGCAAGAUGCACCCAUCUGCCCUGGCCCAGGGCCGGCACCCCGCACCGCGGAUCCGCGGACAGCGCCUGCAGGAGCGCAGAUCCAUCCCUCUUUUCUCAGGUUCAUGCCGUCCUUGGGCGUGUUCCCCAUGGACCAUGAGGUCGGGAGAUGGGGAGCCUGCCCCUUCCUCUACGAUUUUGGAAUUCUUAUCUCCCCCGCCCCAGUAUGGAUCUCCUACUGGUGCCCAGUCAGACCUGGGAGUGUCCCCAUCCUAGUCCGUUCCGCGACAUGGGCUCCCACCGCUGCAAGUUGCUCUGUAACCCAUGCUCCUGCCUUCCAGCACCUCUGCAUCCACCUUUCCAUUCAUUCUCCCAUUCAUUCAUUCAUUCAUUUCUCCUCGUCCCUCCUUCAUUCAUUCAUAGCCCCCAACAUCCCCCGACUCGGCAUUUCAUUCAUUCAUUCAUUCAUUCAUUUUCCCUGUGCUCUUAUUAGCGCACGCCCCUCUAGCCAAGGGCCCCAGUGCGCAGGCGCAGGCCGGGAGAGGACCGCAUCCUCCAAUAGCUGGGGAUCCUCCCGCCUCUAGGCGCCCGCCCGCUUCCCCAUGAAUGAACAUUGACGUCAGUGGGGCGGGGAGAGCCCACGUGACCCCGCGCGCUCCCCUUUAUAAACCGGCAGCGGCGCGGGCGCUGUCCAGCGUGCUGAAGCCGGAGCGAGCGAGCCUCCCGGAGCCGCGCGGACUCCGCGGAGCCCAGCCCACUGGACGCCAGACCUUGACCGCCGCUCGUAUCCCAGCCACAGCUCGGAGCCGAGGCGGACGCGUCCCGACCUUCCCCUGUCCCCACCCCGCCUUGACCCUCCUCUCCACUUCAAACUGUCUCCGACAGUCUCUCGAUCAUGAAAUCGCUCAGAUUGCCGGCUUCUGCCCUCUUCUGCUUCCUUCUACUGAUUAAGGGGCUGGGAGCUGCGCCCCCGGGGCGCCCAGAGGCGCAGCCACCUCCCCUCAGGUCUGAGCAUAAAGAGCCGGUAGCUGGGGACUUAGCGCCCCGGCAGAAGGAUGGUAGCGCCCCAGAUAUCCGAGCCACUCGAAAUUCAGAGCCGCAGGACGAAGGAGAGCUUUUCCAGGGCGUGGAUCCCCGGGCGCUGGCCGCGGUGCUGCUGCAGACACUCGACCGCCCGGCCUCUCCACCCGCGCCGGGCGGCUCUCAGCAGGGGCCAGCGGAAGAAGCAGCAGAAGCUCUGUUGACCGAGACGGUGCGCAGCCAGACCCACAGCCUCCCAGCGCCAGAGAACCAAGCACCCGCGGCUCCGCCUCGUCAUCAGACUCAGGAGAAUGGUCCCGAGGCAAGCGACCCCUCUGAGGAGCUCGAGGCGCUAGCUUCCCUGCUCCAGGAACUGCGAGAUUUCAGUCCGAGCAGCGCCAAGCGCCAGCAAGAGACGGCAGCAGCAGAGACGGAAACUCGCACUCACACGCUGACCCGAGUCAACCUGGAGAGCCCCGGGCCAGAGCGCGUAUGGCGCGCUUCCUGGGGAGAGUUCCAGGCGCGUGUGCCGGAGCGCGCGCCCCUGCCACCCCCGGUUCCUCCGCAGUUCCAAGCUCAUGUACCCGAGAGCGGCCCCCUUCCCGAAGCCAAUCAGUUCGGGGGAAAGGUGCCUUCCCCCAAAACACACCUAGGUGAGGCAUUAGCACCCCUGUCCAAGGCGUACCAAGGCCUGAGCGCCCCCUUCCCCAAGGCGCGCCGGCCAGAGAGCUCACUCCUGAGCGGCUCCGAGGCGGGGGAGCGCCUUCUACAGCAAGGGCUGGCACAGGUAGAGGCUGGGCGGCGGCAGGCGGAAGCCACUCGGCAGGCCGCGGCUCAAGAAGAGCGGCUGGCUGACCUCGCCUCCGACCUACUGCUCCAGUAUUUGCUGCAGGGCGGGGCACGGCAGCGAGGCCUGGGGGGUAGGGGGCUGCAGCAGGAGGAGGAGGAGCGAGAGAACGAGAGGGAGGAAGAGGAGGCGGAGCAGGAGAGACGCGGCGGGGAGGAGAGGGUAGAGGAAGAGGACGAAGAGGCGGCGGAGGCGGAGGCGGAGGCGGAGGAGGCGGAGAGGGCGCGGCAGAACGCGCUACUUUUCGCUGAGGAGGAAGACGGGGAAGCUGGAGCCGAGGACAAGCGCUCCCAGGAGGAGAUGCCUGGCCACCGUCGGAAGGAGGCUGAGGGGGUAGAGGAGGGCGGGGAGGAGGAGGACGACGAUGAAGAGAUGGAUCCGCAGACGAUCGAUAGCCUCAUUGAGCUGUCCACCAAACUCCACCUGCCAGCGGACGACGUGGUCAGCAUCAUCGAGGAGGUGGAGGAGAAGCGGAAGCGGAAGAAGAACGCCCCUCCAGAGCCUGUGCCACCCCCACGGGUUGCCCCCGCCCCUACUCACGUCCGCUCCCCACAGGCCCCACCCCCCGUCCCCGCCCCCGCUCGAGAUGAGCUGCCCGACUGGAACGAGGUGCUCCCCCCCUGGGAUAGGGAGGACGAGGUGUUUCCCCCUGGGCCCUACCACCCUUUUCCCAACUACAUCCGGCCGCGGACCCUGCAGCCUCCUGCUGCCUCGCGCCGCCGCCACUACCAUCACGCCCUGCCGCCUUCGCGCCACUAUCCUGGCGGGGAGGCCCAGGCACAGCGCGCACAGGAGGUGGCGGAAGCGGAGGAGCGCCGGCUGCAGGAGCAGGAAGAGCUGGAGAAUUACAUCGAGCACGUGCUGCUCCGGCGCCCAUGACCAGCCCCGCCCCGCCGCCGCCACCCCCCUCCGUGUUGCUUCUCUCCCCUCCGGGUGUUUGCAUGCGUCGGGUCCCCGCCCUUGCCCCGCCUCAGCUCCGCCCCCGCUCGCCUGCCGCCGGGCGGUCGGGCUGUGCCGGGACCUGUCAGACCUCUUCUUGGGUUCAAAGCCCGAACUCCCCAGACUUACUCACGGGUGUCCCGAGGCCAGCCAGGCGGGCCGGUGGUUUGUGCGAGUUCCCUCCCGCUGUCCCCACCUAGUCUCUCUCGGGAUAUCCCCGUGUGAAACUGGAAAAAGUUCCAGUUGUGUCUGUCUCCCGCCCUUUGGGCCUCCCACAAGCCUCUACACUCUCUCCCUAUCGCUGUGAAUUUACCCCUUCUUUUCCUUCUCUGUUGUAAAUACCCCUCACGGAGGAAAUAGUUUUGCUAAGAAAUAAAAGUGACUAUUUUAUUAGGA